GCCGCCAUGGCCGACUCUCAGGACUUGCUGGCGCUGGAGCGCGAGGUGACGGAUGAGCUGGGCAUCUCCAUGGAGGAGCUCCGCCAGUUCAUCGACGAGGAGCUGGAGAAGUCGGAGCAGAUCCGGCAGCGGAAGGAGGAGCUGAAGCGCCUGGAGGAGUACGUGAAGCGGAAGGAGGACGAAGUGGCUCUGGUGGACCAGCUCCUGGACAACGCCGUGAAAGCUGUUGACCAGUGUGAAGUGAUGGUCAAAGAUGUCUACACCAACCUGGGACUGGAGUAUCGCGAGACGGACUCAGAGGAGGACAACGCGUCUUCCAAGCCAAUGGAAGUGAUCGAGAUCCCGGACGAAGAUGAUGAUGUCAUGAGUGUGGAUUCUGGUGACGCAAGUAACAAAACCGCCAAGGACCAGUCUUUGCUUCGAGAAGCCAUGGCUGCCAUGAGGAAGUCGGCUCAGGACGUGCAGAAAUUUAUGGACGCGGUGAACAAAAAGUCCGGCAGCCUGGACUCUCAAAGAGGGUCCCUGCAAGUCAGCCCUGGAUGCGAAAUCACCCAAGAUGGAGACCUGGUGGUGGGCGACCGCGUCUUGGGCAAGAAGCGGACCAAGACCUGGCACAAAGGGACGCUGAUCGCAAUCCAAGCCGUAGGGGCUGGCAAGAAGUACAAAGUGAAGUUCGACAACAAAGGGAAGAGCUUGCUGUCGGGGAACCACAUCGCAUACGACUAUCAUCCAUCGGGCGAGAACCUGAACGUCGGGAGCCGGGUGGUGGCCAAAUACAAGGAUGGGAACCAGAUGUGGCUGUACGCGGGCAUCGUGGCCGAGACGCCGAACAUCAAGAACAAAAUGAGGUUCCUGAUCUUCUUCGAUGACGGUUACGCCUCUUACGUCGUCCAGACUGAGCUGUACCUGAUCUGCCGGCCACUCAAAAAGUCUUGGGAAGACAUCGAGGACAUUUCCUGCCGGGAUUUCAUCGAAGAGUACGUCACGGCCUACCCCAACCGCCCCAUGGUUCUGCUCAAGAGCGGCCAGCUCAUCAAAACGGAGUGGGACGGGACCUGGUGGAAGUCCCGGGUGGAGGAAGUCGACGGGAGCCUGGUCAAAAUCCUCUUCCUGGAUGACAAGCGCUGCGAGUGGAUCUACCGAGGCUCAACCCGCCUGGAGCCCAUGUUCAGCAUGAAGACCUCCACGGCCUCCACCCAGGAGAAGAAACAAGGGGGACAAAUGAGGACCCGGCCGAAUGUUGGUGCCGUCCGGAGCAAAGGUCCAGUGGUUCAGUACAUCCAUGACUUAACCGGAACCAGCACACCAUUUAAGCCCCUGGAGCAGCCCCCGAUGCCGAUUAUGGUGUCGCAGCCAGUUUCACCUCAGUUUGUCGACGUGGAUCCAGAGAGCCAGCUGGCCCAGUCCAAAAAGCAACAGGUGGCCAAGAAGAGCACUUCGUUCCUGCGUCCGGGCUCAGUCGGAUCGGGACCGUCUUCCCCGCCUUCUCCUGUCCUGGGCGAACCAGGUCCCGUCGCGAGGACUGGGGUGACCCAGCAAUUUCGGUUCUCCGUCGCUCACCCGGCUGGCAGCUCCUCCGCCCAGCAGUUCCACGGCGCCGUGGAUCGUACCCCCGUUGAGCUUCCCUACCGGGCCCCCGUUGAGAAACUCUUCUACCUCCCCCACGUGUGCAACUACGCCUGCCUGUCGAGAGUGCGCCACCUUCGCAUCGACCAGUGCCGCAGCAAGAACCCCCUCCUCGUCCCGCUCCUCUUCGACUUCCGGCGCAUGACGGCCCGCCGGCGCAUCAACCGCAAGACGGGCUUCCACGUCAUCUACAAGACGCCCUGCGGGCUGUGCCUGCGCAGCAUGGGCGAGAUCGAGCGAUACCUCUUCGAGACGGACUGCGAUUUCCUCUUCCUGGAGAUGUUCUGCCUGGACCCCUACGUCCUGGUGGACCGCAGGUUCCAGCCGUACAAGCCGUACUACUACAUCCCCGACAUCACCAAUGGGAAGGAAGACGUCCCCCUGUCGUGUGUCAAUGAGAUAGACAGCACCCCGCCCCCGCAGGUGGCUUACAGCAAGGAGCGUAUCCCGGGGAAGGGGGUCUACAUCAACACCAGCUCAGACUUCCUGGUGGGGUGCGACUGCGAAGACGGUUGUAGGAACAAAUCCAAAUGUGCUUGCCACCAGCUGACAAUCCAGGCGACCGCCUGCACCCCUGGGGGGCAGAUAAACCCAAAUUCCGGAUACCAGCACAAGCGACUGGAGGAAUGCCUUCCCACUGGAGUCUACGAAUGCAACAAGCGCUGCAGAUGCAACCGAAACAUGUGCACCAACCGUUUGGUCCAACACGGCCUGCAGGUGCGGCUGCAGCUCUUCAAGACACACAACAAAGGCUGGGGCAUCCGCUGUAUGGACGACAUCGCCAAGGGCUCUUUCGUCUGCAUCUAUGCAGGAAAAAUCCUGACGGACGAUUUUGCCGACAAAGAGGGCCUGGAGAUGGGAGACGAGUAUUUUGCCAACCUGGAUCACAUCGAGAGCGUGGAGAACUCGAAGGAGGGCUACGAGAGCGAGGCCAAGUGCUCCUCGGACAGCAGUGGGGUCAACCUGAAGGAUGACGAGGACGAGAACUCGGGCUCCGAGGAGCCGGAGGAGUCCAACGAGGACAGUUCGGACGACAACUUCUGCAAAGACGAGGACUUCAGCACCAGCUCGGUGUGGCGCAGCUACGCCACCCGCCGCCAGACCCGGGGCCAGAAGGAGAACGGCCUGUCGGAGACGGCCUCCAAGGACUCCGGCCCGGCCCGGCAGUUGAGCCACGAGGAGGCUGCCCAGUGUAAGCCCCCGCUCUCGGAAGAGACCUCCAAGCACAAGGUGGCCUCCUGGUUGAGCUCCAGCAUCUCCGACAGCUACCAUGACAACGACAGCAGGUCCUCGUUCAGGAUGCACGAGGCGGCCGAUGCCAAGCCGGUCAAAGUCGAAGGGGCAGGCACCGAGAAGGCCCCGGCCGUUGGACUGGCCGCCAAGGAGGAGGUCAGCCUGGAUGCAGAAGUGAAGGUGAAGAAGAAAGAGGAAGUACAAAAUGCCAGUAAGGUGCCAGAAGUAGUGAGCGGUGCGGGCAGGUUGUAUGGCUACAACCCCAAUCCGGCGUUACCCGAAGGGAUCCGUAGGCCAGUCAGCAAAACUGCCAUGCACCAGAGGCGAAGGCAGUCAGAGACGCAGCGGCAGAGUCCUGCAGAUGACGUGUUGAUGCUCUCGAGCAGCACAGACAGCGACGGGGACAACGGGCGACCCACCUCGGGGCAAGCGCAGGGCAACGCGAACGACAGCGACGACAUCCAAACCAUUUCCUCCGGGUCCGAGGAAGAACACGGGGCUGACGAGAAGAAGAACAUCUCUUCCAGGCUUGGGCCCACGAAGAGGCAAGUGGCUGUGAAAUCCACCCGGGGCUUCGCCUUGAAGUCGACCCACGGCAUCGCCAUCAAGUCGACCAAUCUGGCUUCAGGGGAGAACGCCCUUCUCCGGAAGAACACGCGGCAGUUCUACGACGGCGAGGAGUCCUGCUACAUCAUCGAUGCCAAGCUCGAGGGCAAUCUCGGCCGCUACCUCAACCAUAGCUGCAGCCCGAACCUCUUUGUGCAGAACGUCUUCGUGGACACGCACGAUCUCCGCUUCCCGUGGGUGGCCUUCUUCGCAAGCAAGCGGAUCCGGGCCGGGACGGAGCUGACCUGGGAUUACAACUACGAAGUGGGCAGUGUGGAGGGAAAGGAACUGCUCUGCUGCUGCGGGGCCAUCGAAUGCCGGGGCCGCUUGUUGUAAAGGGGGGACGAAAUCCCUUCUCUUUCUCUCUGCGUGGAGCUGGGUCUGCAAAGACCGAAAGAAAAGCUCCUGCUGGGGAGAAAUUCUUUGUGCCCGACCCCGUGGCCCCCCACCCCCCCCCCCGUUUCAGAACACGCACCCCCGGCUUGCAUUUUGGCGAUCGGCUGGACUUCCGUCGAAUCGUAAAACGCCCUUUCUUUUUUUAACUGUUGUAAAGCAAGAAUAAAAAUGUUGAUGUGCAGUCUUUUAUUAAA